AGUAGGUCCUGAGGUAGGGGCGAGCGGUAGGUUGGUGGGACGCGGAAGGAGGUGGCUGCGCCUCCCGCGGAGUUACUCUGGCUGGGCACGGAGCUCAGCGCCUCGCCCGGGGUCGACCUCAUACCCCUCGGUGAGGGCGUGGUUGCCGCCUGUGGCCCGCGAGCCGGAGCGCGCGGGCGGACUCCGGGUGGACGUCUGAACUCUCCUGAACCAGGACCAGCGCUCUCCGGAGUUCUUCGACUGGGGAUUCCGAGUCAGGGAUUCAUAACGCGUUGAUGUUCUCGUGAUUGCUGGGAGUCUCGGCUUCGGAGGAAGGUACCAAGAGACUGAUUAUGUUUCCUUGAAUUUGCUUCUGUAUUUGCUUCAUCAAUGUCUCUCAUAUUGAAUAUCUUAAGAAGGAUGCUGGAAUAUUUUGGUGUCCCUAUAGACCAGGUUUUGCUGAUUUGGGAAAAUAAAGACUAUGGAUCAACUCGGAGUAUCGUUCGUAUUAUUGGGAAAAUGCUUCCAUUAGAACCUUGUCGAAGACCUAAUUUUGAGUUGAUCCCAUUCUUGAACUCUGUGGACUCUGAUAACUGUGGAUCUGUUGUUCCAUCUUUUGCUGAUGUUUUGUGUGUGGCAAAUGAUAAAGAAUCCAGUUAUCUCAGAUUUCGAAAUAGUAUAUGGGAAAAUGAGGAAGAGGAAAAAAUUGAAUUUUUCCAUCCUUUGCCACCAGUUUGGGAUCCACUGUCACCUGCUCUAAGACAUAAUAAACCAGUGAAAAAUGAUCUGCCUGUAAAGGAAGAUGCAAUUAAAAAAAUAGCUGCCCUUGAAAAUGAGCUAACUUUUCUUCGCUCUCAGAUUGCUGCAAUUGUGGAAAUGCAAGAACUGAAAAAUAGUGCAAAUUCUGGCUCCUUGGACUUGAAUGAUGGGACCAUAAGUUUGGGACAAAUGCCCUCAUCGGGGGCUGGUCAGCUGUGUGUGGAACCAGAUGAGUUUCCAAGUCCAGCGCUUUCCUCUCCUCCUCCUCCACCACCACUUCCUCCUCAGCUUUCUUCUCUCCAGCCUCCAUGUUUUCCUCUCACACAACCAGGAUCUAAUAAUAUUUGUGACUCAGAUAAUUCAGUGACUGAAAUUAACAAACAGCACCCAGGUGCUAGUAAGACCGACUAUAGUCAUUCAAAAACCCAGAGAAAUAAAGAUGUUCCAAAUAUGCUGGAUGUUCUGAAGGAUAUGAAUAAGGUUAAGCUUCGUGCUAUCGAACGGUCACCUGGUGGUAGACCCAUUCGUAAAAGGAAAAGACGAAGUUCACAUUGGGAUCCAGUGUCUGUAAUAUCUCAUGCACUUAAGCAGAAAUUUGCCUUCCAAGAAGAUGAUUCUUUUGAGAAAGAAAAUAGAUCUUGGGAGUCUUCCCCAUUUUCUAGUCCAGAAACUUCAAGGUUUGGACAUCACAUUUCGCAGGCAGAAGGACUGAACUAAAGAAAGAACUGGUAAACACAAAAGCUGUUGACCAAGGUGUCCGCAGUAAGAGCUGUGUCUACACUUGGAAGGAAAGAUUGCAGAAAAAU